CUUACAUCGGAAUAUCCCCGCACACGAGAGAAAGAGACAGUGCAAGAGAGAGACAGCACCGAUGAGCCUUCAACACACUUUCUCUCCUUCGCGAGAGGCGGAGCGCUGCCUCGAGACAGCGGCCAGCACCGGGAGCAGUCGCGCACACCAGCUGCGAAAGAGAGGUACAUUAUUAAACACGAUGCACGAGCUAACGGUCAACGAAGCAUCUGCUCAGCUGUGCGUGAAAGAUCUGUCGCUGCUGACCCGAAGAGAUGAACUUUUCUCACUGGCCAGGCAGAUUUCACGUGAAGUUACCUACAAAUACACCCGCAUGAGCAGCAGGUCCCACUGUGGUGAUGAAAAUGAACCAUCUCCCAAGAGGAUCAAAUCUGAAGAUGGUGUGUACGAUUUACAGGAGGCUCUUCACGUUCUUCAUACACGUCAAGAGACGGUGAGAGAACAGCUCGCAAUUGCCAAAUCUAAAGGAGAGGAGACAAUCAGACAUAGUCUACAGGUACAGCUGGACUCUCUGUUGGCCAAGCAGGUGGAGCUCUUGCGUGAUGCUGCUGUCCAAGAGAGACUAAAAUCGUUAGACUGGCGGAUUCCAACUGCAGCACUGAAAUACCUCGCUCCCACUGCUCAACACUGCAACAGCAGCCUCUCACAUCUCUCUGGUGAGAGACCCCUAAACUUGCGCCUGACAGAUGUGCCGCUGGGUAGGCAAUUAGCCAAUGAGCUCAAACGACAUCACAAACAGAACGCAGAGGAACGACAUCAUAACCAACAGACGUCUGAAGAGAGAAUGGUGGCGGCCACAGAAAAUGGGUCUCAGAAGGAGCCCGGGCUUCUGGACAAGAAAACCAUCAAAUCAGAACCAGAGGACUCCAGAUAACAUCUUCAGCCUCAAAGUGAAACCUGCAUUUUGUUUGCUCCGUGGAUUUAGUAAUGAAACUGUGUGGCCUUA